AUGAUAGUGAACGCGCCGGCGGCCCAUCCGGUUAACAAUCUUCCAGCACCACCUGCUUCAGCGACAAUGUUGGAACCACCUACGCUCGUACCUCCACCGAUCUCCACAUCAGUCCCGGCUUCGGUCUCUGCGUCGGUCCCAGCUCCGACUUCCACUGUCCCACCGCCGAUCAUAUUCCUGCCUACAACUGCCCAGGCUCCUGCUCACACUGCUGAACCUCCCCCGUACCAAGCUCCACAACCCCAUAUCGGCCUUUCUUUCCAAGCUCCACCUCCCAUAAAUAUAGCCUAUUCUGAACCGGGCACGCCGAACCACGCGGCCCCUAGAGCUCCACCCACAAAUUUUCUCCCGGAAACGGGGAUUGAACAGGAACAGAGAUUGAAGAAGUUGGAAGAGAAUAUCCGAGCCCUACAAUCGGGCGGCUCCAGCCUCGAUGCCGGCGACGGCGAUUGGAGUCUUUUCCCAAGCAUGCAGCUACCCCCAAAGAUUAUGGUGCCUGAAUUCCAGAGGUACUACGGCACGACCGACCCUCGUCACCAUCUCCGUCACUACCGGGGAAAAAUGCUGCAGUACUGGGACUACGAAGAGUUUGUCAUCCAUACGUUCCAGGAUAGUUUGGCAGGAGCGGCUCUGGAUUGGUACUUGUCACUGAAAGCUGCAGAUAUCCCCACGUGGGCAGACCUCUCAAGCAAAUUCAUCGACCAGUACAGGUACUGUGCGGAGAUGCCCUCGACUCUACUGGAGCUCAGCACGAUGGAGAUGACCGAGGACCAGGGCUUCGAGGCCUAUGCAGUGAAGUGGCGAGCUAGAGCGGCAAAGCACGUCCCUCCGAUCAGUGAGGCACAGCAGAUCCAAUUAUUCCACUCCACUCUUAAAGGGGCCUACUACUUGCACUUGUUGGCCCACACAUCUUCAUUCUCCAACCUUAUCGACGUCGGAAAGAAGCUCGACAUCGGCAUUAAGCUCGGCAAGAUAGAAGGUCCGGCCGAGAAAAAGGAGGGAGAGUCCUCGAAGAGGGCCGCCACUGGGACAACGGGAAACAGGAGAGGGAAAGACACGUCCGUCAACGCUGUCAACUCAGGGCACCAGGCUCCCCAACAAUAUUCCAUAAGCUACACGCCCGCACCACCGGCCACUCAAGCGUAUGCCCCACCUUCGGUGCAUUAUCAACAACAACCCCCAAUGCAGCAAGCUUACUAUUCCGCUCCGCCGGCUUCCUUUCCGUCGCCGGUCCCGCAGCAAUACGCCCAUAAUUAUGCCCCUGCUCCUCCUCCGAUCCAACAAAGUAGGCCCCCGGCUUCGAGAACUCCUCAGCCGGCGCAACGGGCUCCGACUCCGCAGGACCAACUGGGCAUCGCAACACAAACGCGGCGUAAACAGUUCACACCUCUGCCGGCUCCGCUCUCCCACAUAUACCGGCAACUCCUCGCGGGUAACAAGAUCCGAUCGAUAGCACCUAACCCUGAUUUCGACCCAACCAUCCAAGAUCAGAGUCGGCGCUGCGAGUACCAUCAGGGCGCACCCGGUCACACUACUGACAAUUGUUGGAAGCUACGGGAGAGGAUCCAACAGAUGAUUGAUGAUAAGCAGCUCACGUUCAACGCCGUCAAACCCCCGAACGUGCAAUCAAAUCCUCUUCCCGAUCACGGGUCAAGCUCGGGACCCAGCAUUAACAUGAUCGGUAUUUGCGCUAUAGGGGAGUACGAGACCGAACAGGAGGAACCGACCCCGUUUGUGAUCGAAUAUGUUCCUGCAGAAACUGGUGUAGGGUACGCAGGGUUCGAUGCCACGCCCGCCCCAUUCGUGAUAGAAGCCCCCGCACGAGAGCCAUAUCAAGACAGCAAGGUCCCGUGGACCUACGAAGGAAGUGUUGGGAACCUCGAGAGUCAAUUUAGCGUCAUGGGCGUGACGCGCUCGGGUCGAGUCUAUGAAAAUCCGAAGAUCGCAAAUAAAGGGAAAGCCCUGGCAAUGCCCGAAGUCACCCCGGAAGCCUCAUCCAUUCCCCAGAAGAAGGUCCUGACAGCUGCGCAGAUCCCCAGAGAGACGGCUCCGGAACAGAUUGAGGAGACUAUCAGUUCGAUCUUCUCCAACAACAUUUCAUUUUCAGAUGAUGAACUUCCCUCAGAAGGCUUGUCGCUCGGGAGACCGUGGAUCGAUGCAGCUGGCGCCGUUCCUUCGUCCCUACACCAAAUGAUCAAAUUCAUCGCAGAAGAUCGACUUAUCACGGUCAAGGGUGAGGAGGACUACGCCAUUUACAAGGAGACAUCUGUUCCCUACAUCACACUUCAAAUUUUCUAA